AGAUAAGCGGACGCGUCUAGGAGAAAUGCCCGUCUGCUGUGUGUGAGUUCCGUGACAUCAAGACACACAGAUCCGUGUUAUCUGGUUGGGACUGACAUAAUUCAUACAUACUCAAAACUCUUGGGACAUCGCACAGCUCUUUUAGACAGCAGAGGGGAAGAGUGUGCUGCUGCUCAAGGAUCUGGUGUAUAUUUCCAGCAGUUUUCCAGCAGGUGUUACUGAAGGAUUUAUCACAGACUUUCAGCAGGGUUCAUGAAACUUUGCUACGAUUUGCGAGCUGGAGCUGCCAUACGUAAUGUUAAGGUAAAGCCUAAAGCAGCUGUGUUGAACAUGCUAAAGCGGCUGGACAAAAUAAGAUUCCGUGGUCCAAAGCGAGAUGACUUCCUGGAUCUACCCGAGUCACCCACAGGAUCAGACACUGAAUGUAGUGAUGACAUGCUGCUGAGACCUCAACCUUCAAUACGAGACAAUGACGAGCAGAGAGACCCUGCUAGUUUGGGGACUUUGUCUGUCAUGCAAGACCUGAGGAGCGAAUCGGAAUGUCUCAAUGAGGUCAAGGGUCAUUUGGAAAUUGCCUUACUGGAGAAACACUUCCUACGUGAGUACUGGAAAGAUUUCUGUGCAUGUGUUCUAUGUAUGAUAUAUGGAGUAUAAAGCUAAAAUAUAGCUGCAAGCAGCGAUGGCGAGCUUAAGCCAUCAGUGCAACUCCACCCCUGUGGCAUCAGGUAAAUUGUACCCAGCGGACACAUCCAUUCACUAUAGCCCUCUGGCAGUCAGGUUUUAAGGGAUAUG